AUGGCACAAUCAUGGCAAUCUCCCUUAAAAACGAAAGAGUACCUCGCGAUGAUCGGGGACUUCCCAGACAACGUGCCAGUUACAGUGAUCCACAUGCUCCGCUUCAACGAGCAAGCUAUCUACCCGCCUUCCUCGCCCCAUGCUUCUCUCGAGCCCACCUCUGGCCGCGAUGCCUUCUGGAAGCGCUACGUUCCCGCGGGAAAUACUGCCGCUCAAAAACUCGGCAUCAAACCUGCCGAGACACUCUUCUUCUCAGAUACCGUCACAAACCUCCUGCAGCACAACGACAUUCCCUGGGACGUCGUCACGGCGAGAAAGUAUGAGAGUUUCGCUGUCUACGCUAGAUACCAGAAGAGCAUGGAGUACAGCGAGUGGGCAGCGCCGCAUAGAGAUGCAGCAUUGAAGGAUUGGUCUCUGGUGGCUUGCAUUCAAGGCGAACUCCCAAAGGCCUAG